AUGUACACCAUUUUAGAUGACAAAAGGUACUCCAUUGAAGUUCUUGAAGGCUCCGACGGCAACAUCAGAAAGAAGGUUGAUAAUGGAGCUCGGGAGCUACAGGAAGAAGGGUUUGAUAUCAGAUGCGCAAUAUUGGAGCCUGUUCUCGUCGGAUGGUGCGACGCCGGAGAUAUUGGGCUCCCGAAGAUACACAAAGAAGGAUGUCCCCUGCGGCCGAUUGUGUCCUUUGUAGAUGCCCCAUCAUACAAUCUGUCAAGAUUUCUUGCUGACAUGUUAACAGCUGUGAAGUACAGGAAUGGACUUUCUGUUAAUAAUUCUUUCGAGUUCAGCAAGUUUGUCUGCAAUCUGAAGUUAUCAGACAACACAAUUAGGGUAUCAUUCGACGUUGUGUCCCUAUUUACCAAUAUGCCUAACGAACUCGCUUUGACCAUCGCCCGAAAGAAACUUGAAGAAGACGGCACUCUGGAAGAACGUACUGCUUUUUCCGCAGACAACAAUAUUAGCCUACUCAAAAUGUGUUUGGAACAAUCCUUCUUUCUAUCCAAGGGAUCCAAGGGAUUAAAGGUGUCCAAACAGAUCGACGGUUGUCCGAUGGGCAGUCCAAUCUCCAUGGCCGUAACCAAUUUGACUUUCUCAGAUAUCCAUCAGAACAUCCGUUUCACACCGGAAGAAGAGUCCUGCGGUCAAAUCCCAUUUCUCGACGUUCUCGUCAAGAGGCACGCCAGUGGAGUCGUAUCGACAUCGGUCUGUAUGAAGCCAUGCGAAGCUGGACAGGUGCUGCAUUUCGACUCAGCGCACUCUCCGGAGGACAAAAGGGCAGUGGUUCGUUCCCUAGCGCCACGUUCGCUUAACCCCAACCUCAAGACCCAGCUCGAGACAGAAGGAGAUGGAUAUUACCAGGAAGCGUCUGAUGGCCAGAUUGUAUCCGCAGAACUUUAUUGA